AUGAUAUGGCGGUGCAGUGCUGGUGCUGAAUUGCUCUCUCUGAUGGCUCUAUGGGAGUGGAUAGCACUGAGUCUUCAUUGCUGGGUUUUAGCAGUUGCUGCUGUUUCGGAUCAGCAUGCCACAAGCCCCUUCGACUGGCUCCUCUCUGAUAAGGGACCCUUCCAUCGCUCACAGGAAUACACAGAUUUUGUGGACAGAAGCCGGCAGGGAUUUAGCACAAGAUACAAGAUUUACAGGGAGUUUGGCCGCUGGAAAGUAAAUAACCUUGCUGUGGAGAGAAGAAAUUUCCUUGGCUCCCCACUGCCUCUUGCCCCUGAAUUCUUCCGCAAUAUAAGGCUAUUGGGACGUCGACCCACCCUUCAGCAAAUCACGGAAAACCUCAUCAAGAAAUAUGGGACCCACUUCUUGCUAUCAGCCACCUUGGGAGGUUCUCUAAAUGUCUCCUUAUUUGUAGAUUAUUUUACACUUGUAACAGAAACACGAACUGGUCCUCUUGGCUGCAGUAACUAUGACAACCUAGAUUCAGUCAGUUCUGUUCUGGUUCAAAGUCCUGAGAAUAAGAUUCAGUUACAAGGGCUUCAGGUUAUCCUUCCAGACUACCUACAAGAACGUUUUGUGCAGGCAGCUCUAAGUUAUAUUGCCUGCAAUUCAGAAGGAGAAUUUAUCUGUAAAGACAAUGAUUGUUGGUGUCAAUGUGGCCUCAAAUUUCCAGAAUGCAACUGUCCUUACAUGGAUAUUCAAGCCAUGGAAGAAAAUCUUCUUCGAAUAAGUGAAACCUGGAAUGCUUACAACAAUGAUUUUGAGGAAUCAGAUGAAUUCAAGCUCUUUAUGAAAAGGCUUCCCAUGAAUUAUUUCCUCAACACAUCUACCAUAAUGCAUUUGUGGACAAUGGAUUCUAAUUUUCAGCGUCGUUAUGAACAAUUGGAGAACAGCAUGAAACAACUUUUCCAAAAGGCACAGAAAAUUGUACACAAGCUUUUUAGCCUUAGUAAGAGGUGUCAUAAACAACCACUCAUCAGCCUGCCAAGACAAAGAUCUUCGACCUACUGGUUAACCCGAAUCCAGUCAUUUCUGUACUGCAAUGAAAAUGGCCUUCUUGGAAGCUUUUCUGAAGAAACUCACUCUUGUACUUGCCCGAAUGACCAGGUGGCCUGCCAUGGGUUCCUCCCCUGCACUGUAGGAGACGGUUCUUCAUGCCUGACCUGUGCUCCAGAUAAUCGUACCCGCUGCGGAAACUGUAAUACCGGAUAUAUGCUGAGUCAAGGGCUUUGUAAACCGGAAGUGGCGGAAUCCACGGAGCACUAUAUCGGUUUUGAGACUGACCUGCAGGACCUGGAAAUGAAAUAUCUUUUGCAAAAAACCGACCGGAGAAUCGAAGUCCACGCCAUUUUCAUCAGCAACGACAUGCGCCUUAAUAGCUGGUUUGAUCCUUCCUGGCGCAAACGAAUGCUCCUUACCCUAAAGAGCAACAAAUACAAAGCAAGCCUUGUCCACAUGAUUCUGGGUCUCUCUCUGCAGAUCUGCUUAACUAAAAAUAGCACCUUGGAGCCAGUUUUGGCUGUUUAUGUCAAUCCUUUUGGAGGCAGCCACUCUGAGAGUUGGUUUAUGCCUGUGAACGAAAACAGCUUCCCAGACUGGGAGCGGACUAAGUUGGACUUACCCCUUCAGUGUUAUAACUGGACGCUGACUCUGGGCAACAAGUGGAAGACUUUUUUUGAAACAGUGCAUAUCUACUUGAGGAGUCGCAUCAAGUCAAAUGGUCCAAAUGGCAACGAAAGCAUCUAUUACGAACCCCUGGAGUUUAUUGACCCUUCCCGCAAUCUGGGUUACAUGAAAAUCAACAACAUACAAGUAUUUGGCUACAGCAUGCACUUUGACCCGGAAGCAAUUCGGGAUCUGAUCUUGCAGCUGGACUACCCCUAUACUCAGGGAUCCCAGGACUCAGCACUUUUGCAGCUGCUUGAGAUAAGGGACCGUGUAAAUAAACUCUCCCCACCUGGUCAGCGUCGGCUCGACCUUUUCUCUUGCUUGCUUCGUCAUAGACUCAAAUUGUCCACUAGUGAGGUGGUGAGAAUUCAAUCUGCUUUGCAGGCCUUUAACUCCAAAUUGCCAAACACAAUGGAUUACGACACAACCAAAUUAUGUAGUUAA